AUGAGCAACAUGACUUGAGUUAAAUAUCUAAUGUGACUCAUGUGAAAGAACAAAACACCAUUCAUAAAUUAGAAAUAUUUUUAACAAAACUAUGUCGAUAUCCACGUCUAUCAAAAAGGAAUUGCCAUCUUUUGAUAAUGAAAACAUGUAAAACACAUCCCACUGUGUUCAGUCAUGUAAAGUGGGUGGGUGCACAAACAUCUCGUCCUCUCUCAGGAAGCAUCAGUUUAAUGCACUCUCGCACAUAUGACCACUGACAUGGCAGCUGACCAGAGAAAAGAACCAGGCGUUGUGAUUAAAGAUGGCUGGUCAGGUUACAGUUUGGAGCUGUUUAAUUAUCCUGAGCAUUACCAGGGUGAUCUGGAGUGUGUGUACAUCCCUCAUGGAGUCAUUAUGAACAGGAUUGAGUGUCUGGCCAGAGACAUCCUUGAAGACAUCGGACAUCAUGACUUGAUGGUUCUGUGUGUUCUGAAGGGAGGAUACAAGUUCUGUUCUGACCUGGUGGAGUCGAUCAAAGCUCAGAGUCGCAGCGCCAACAGAAGACUGACCACCAGGGUAGAGUUCAUCCGCUUCAAGAGCUAUCUGAAUGACCAGUCCACUGAAGAUCUGCACAUUAUUGGACCAGAUGACCUCUCCAUGCUGAAAGGAAAGAAUGUCUUGAUUGUGGAGGCAAUAGUGGACACAGGAAAGACAAUGAGAGCCCUUCUACAGCACGUGGAGACUUUCCAGCCCAAAAUGGUUAAAGUUGCAGGGCUGCUGGUGAAGAGGGUUCCUCACGGGGCGGCAGAGCUCCCUGACUAUGUUGGGUUUGUCAUUCCCAAUCGUUUUGUGGUGGGUUACGCUCUGGACUACAAUGAGUACUUCAGGGACCUCAAUCACAUCUGCGUCAUCAGUGAGACGGGGAAACAGAAAUAUAAAGUGUGACAAAACUGCUUUCAAGAGGAAUGGACAUUUAUAUUACCGUAACGGAUGAAAAACUCAUUCUGACACAAGAUUACUGUGUUCUCAAAUAAGAGAUUUGAUAUCUGUAACUGAUAUGCUGAAUUAUGUUUGAAAUAUUAUAUAAUGUGUUUUGCAUGUAUUGAGUAAAGUCACGUCGCAAUACUAAUGGGAUAUGAUGUGGAAAACAGACUGUAUCAGUUUAAGAGCCCAGCUGUUCAUUUUGUCCUCUUUAGAAGACAUUUGUUUGUGACCAUCCAUGCCAAUGAGGACAUCCUAUGCUUUUCCUAUGCAGGGUUGUAGGGAUGCAGGAGCUUAUCCCAGCCUCCCGACAUCAAAAAUAUGUUAAUAUAUAUAAAACAAAUCGGACAGUAUAGCAAUAUAAAAUUGAUAAAACAAUUUUAUUUCUGCACCUUUGCAAAAAUGCAAAAAUGUUACAGGUGAUAUAAAAAAAUCAAUUUUGCUGGCAUGUUUCGAACAUGAUUUAAUACUUUGCUAACAUGUUUUAGCAUGUUGCUGACAGAUAGAUAGAUAGAUAGAUAGAUAGAUAGUUUCUAACAUGUUUAUGUUUUAGCAUUUUUCUAGCAUGUUUUUAACAUGAUUUAACACUUUGCUAACAUGUUAACAUGUUUCUAACAUGUUUUAGCACAUUGCUAGCAUGUUUAGCAUUUUUCUAACAUGAUUUAACACUUUGCUAACAUGGUGCUUACAUAUUAACAUGUUUCUAACAUGUUUUAGCAUGUUGCAUUUUUUAUUAAUUUCAGACAGUACAACACAUGUAAUUGAGGUAAAAGAAGGCUUGAAGUCCAAAAGUAAGUGAAAAGUGUAAACAAGGGGGAAAAAUGGUUCAAGGAUUAAAAUGAAUUAAACACAUUAUGUAAACUGACCCCAACCCUUUUUUUUUUUUUUUUUUUCUUUUUUUUUUUGUGGUUGUUUAGCAGUUACACAAAUGAAAAGGUUGGAUAACACCAAUUUAAAGCAUACAGAUAUAUGCAAUGUAUUUGGCUCUAUUGCAAGGUUAAUCAUUUUCUUUAUUAGCUAAGCCUUUAAGCACUGUCACAAUCCCCCAAAAUCAUGCUGUCCAAUACACCCAAACUGUGAUAGAUAGAUAGAUAGAUAGAUACAUACAUACAUACAUACAUACUGUUGGGUUCCAGAAGGGGGAAAAAAUGUAUUUGCGCUAAAUAAAGAACAUCUGAACAGCCCUGAAUCAAGAUGAUUUAUUAAAAAUUUCUAUUGAAACUUUGGAUGGUGUAAUUUUCCCAGUGUCUGGCCUGGGGUUUGACCUCUUUGUCAGCAUACAGCCAGAC